AUGGGGCUUGUAAAAGCCCCCUCCAAAGGAAGCGGGCUGAGCGCGCUCCUGAGGCACAGCGAGUCUCCCGGGCUGCUGGUGGGAUACGAAAGCUGGAGGGAGCUUGCCAAGGUUCUGUCAGACGCCCGUGUCCCAGCUGGGGACACAGUCCUUCAGCAGGACCAUCCAUGGGAGCUGGCACACCAGUUCCAGGAGCUGCAGAUAGGUGAGAGGAAUAAAUCAAAUUACGCAGCUGUGGACAGCCCUGUCCCAUGGAUGCCAGAGUUCCAGGGCCAGGCCAACCUGCACGUGUUUGAGGACUGGUGUGGCAGCACCAUCGAGCAGCUCAGGAGAAACCUGCACUUCCCCCUCUUCCCUCACACAAGAACUACGCUGAAGAAGUUGGCUGUGUCUCCAAAAUGGACCAACUACGGUCUCCGGAUAUUUGGCUACCUGCAUCCUUUCACCGAUGGGGAGUUUCAGUUUGCCAUUGCUGCGGAUGACAAUGCUGAGUUCUGGCUGAGUCCAGAUGAAAAACCCUCUGGUCUCCAGCUGCUGGCCAGUGUAGGCAAGACAGGGAAGGAGUGGACUGCACCAGGAGAGUUUGGGAAAUUUCACAGUCAGAAGUCAAACAUGGUGAGGUUGUCAGCGGCAGGCAGGUAUUACUUCGAGGUGCUGCACAAGCAGGAUGACAGAGGGACAGACCAUGUGGAAGUUGCAUGGAGACUGAAUGACCCAGAAGCAAAGUUCAAAGUCAUCGACUCCCAGUAUCUCUCCCUUUUUGCUAAUGAGACACUUCUGAAGAUGGAUGAGGUUGGGCACAUCCCGCAGACGCUGGCCAGUGGCAGGAGCCAGGCUGCUGGCAGUGCUGGCAGCAGGGCACACCCAGCUGACAUGUUGAAGCCUGACCCCCGGGACACUCUUUAUGAAGUGCCUGUGCUCAGCCGGGCUCACGUGCGCCGGGCGCUGCCGGACUGCCCGUACAAGCCCAGCUACCUGGUGAACGGAUUCCCGCUGCAGCGCUACCAGGGACUGCAGUUCGUUCAUUUAUCUUUUGUUUACCCAAAUGACUACAGCCGCCUGAGCCACAUGGAGAAGGACAACAAAUGCUUCUACCAGGAAAACCCUUAUUAUUUGGAAAGAUUUGGAUUUUACAAGUACAUGAAAAUGGAUCAGACAGAGAAGAGUCUGGACUCUGGAGAAAAGACAGAGCAGCCAGACUCCCAGGAGGGGAACCUGGAUGACCUGCAGUAUGAGGAGCAGGACGUGGAGAGCACUGGUGCCCCGGUGGGCGCAGAGCCAGCAGGUGACAAUACGCACCGCGACUAUUCCAUCCCGGAGCGCCGCCGGCUCCUCUCCGUGCUGGGUGGCGGUGCAGGAGAGGACAUACACAGGAGGAGAAGGACUAAAAGUUUUGCUGUCAAAUCAGCCAUGCUGGCCUCUUCCAACCAAAGCCUCGGCCUGACUGGCCUAGAGGGGAACCCGGUAACGGAGAGACCCCGUUUGAAAGCCGGCGUCAAAGACAAUUCCAGGAGCCCUCCGCAGCACGCCAGGGCCACGCAGGGGAGAGUGCCUGCCAGAGGGACAAACCCUCCCUCUAGGGCUGUGUCUCAAAGGCAGCAGUCCCCUGGCCAGCCCAGGGACUCAGAGGUCACAAUUCCCAAGGGGGUCAGACCCCCAGGAGGCCUGGGCAGCGUGGAGGACGGGCUGCAGCCUGUGCCAGCCACGAGAGGAGGCCGGGUCUCUGGCAAAGCCGGGAGCCCCAGCUGGCAGCCAGGAGUGCCCCAGUGGCUGAGCCACGUGCAGCCCCACAUCACUGAGCAGCAGGCGGCCAACAAUGGGGAUGUGGCUGCAGGAGAGGCACACGUGGCAUCUCCUGUGGAGGACAAGCCUGGAGGAGCAGCAGGAGAGGAGGAGGUGGAUGGGGAGCCAGAGGAGGAAGAUGAGGAGGAUUUUGAUUACGUACCAGUGUUUGACCAGGCAGUCAACUGGGAGCAGACCUUCAGCAUGAGCAACCUGGACUUCCACAUGCUGCGCACGGACUGGAUUGACCUGAAGUGCAACACCUCGGGAAACCUGCUGCUGAGAGAAAGAGAGGCCCUGGAAGUCACACGUGUCUUCCUGAGGAAGCUCAACCAGAGGAGUAAAGGGCGCUUCCAGCUGCAGCGCAUCGUCAACGUGGAGAAGCGGCAGGACCGCGUGCGGGGCAGCCGCUACCUGCUGGAGCUGGAGCUGCUGGAGCAGGGCGAGCGCCGCGUCCGCCUCUCCGAGUACGUCUUCGCGCGGGGCUGGCAGGGCAGUGGCCGCGAGGAGGACGAGAGGAGGAUGAGGAGCCUGGCCUGGGGCCGCCGGCGGCACCUGAUGGCUGCGGCCAACGAGCCGGAGCUGUGCUGGCCACAGGGCUUUUCCUGGAACCACCGGGCCGUGGUUCACUUCGUGGUGCCAGUGAAAAACCAGGCACGUUGGGUACUGCAGUUCAUCUCUGACAUGGAAGAGCUGUUCCGAGUCACCAAGGAUCCCUACUUCAGCAUCAUCAUCACAGACUACAGCAGUGAUGACAUGGAUGUCGAGAGGGCUCUGAAAAGGUCUACCUUGCACAGCUAUCAGUACCUGAAGCUGACAGGGAAUUUUGAGCGUUCUGCUGGGCUGCAGGCAGGGAUAGACCUCAUAACGGACCCGCACAGCAUUGUCUUCCUGUGUGACCUCCACAUCCACUUCCCAGCUGGAAUCAUUGAUUCCAUCAGGAAGCACUGCGUGGAAGGCAAGAUGGCCUUUGCUCCCAUGGUCAUGAGGCUGCACUGUGGGAUGUCCCCACAGUGGCCUGACGGCUACUGGGAGGUGAAUGGGUUUGGUCUCCUGGGCAUAUACAAGUCUGACCUGGACAAAAUUGGAGGCAUGAACACAAAAGAGUUUCGGGACCGCUGGGGAGGAGAGGACUGGGAACUCCUGGACAGGAUCCUGCAGGCUGGGCUGGAAGUGGAGCGUCUCUCCCUGAGAAACUUUUUCCACUGGUUUCACUCCAAGCGGGGCAUGUGGAACCGGCGCCAGCUGAAGACAGCGUAGCCUUCAACCCCAGAGCUGUCCAGCAUCUCAUCCAGAUGUGCACUUUACUGGGGCACACAGCCAAGUGUCCAAACCCCUCCUCUGCCUCCAGAGCCCUCUGAUGAUGUGGCACAGCCGAGGAAGGGGUGAUCAGGCUGGCGGAGCGGGAGCCUCUCUCGUCAGCCGCUGCGUCCAAGCCAUGGGAUCCGUGUGGGGGAGAUGUCUCCUCCAAGGGAAGGACUUGUGUUUCCUGCCAUGCAGUCUGGUGGAAGGUACAGGGGGAGAGGUGCCCUGGUUCCUGUUGAGUCUUGCACCAAACAAACACAAAUCCCAGCUAAGCCCAGAACAGUUUUUUUAGAGCAACGCAGCUUCUCUUUCAAAACUUACAUGCAAAAAAAAGAAAAGAACCCACAACCGUCCCCAUUUCCUCUCCUUUGCCAUCUCUCCAGUACCCAUGGUUUUGGACAGGGGACCAAAGUUCUCUAAUCAGCAUUGCACCCACUUGCCCAUGUGCUGACUUCAGGAAAUCUGGGUGCAGAGGAGCUGAUAGGCACUUUAGGCUGCUGGUGCUUGGAUGUUUCUCUGUGCUUUUCACUUUGGUCAUUAUGAAAAACUCUGCUCGUGCUCAGCAAAUCAUGGGCCGUGGAUGGAGUUGCAAAUACAUUUCCCUUACAAGAGCCAUGUUUGCCUGUAGCUGGGUGAGCUGGCGAGGGUGAUGUUACAAUUCCACCUAAAUUAUUGACCCACCACCUGAGGGUAGUGGGGGGACUGUACAGAGAAGCUAACAGAGCAUCUCAGGAGGAACUUUGCAGCCUUAUCCGACAGACGUGUGUUUGUCCUAACAAUAUCAGGGAAAUCCUAGCAGGGAAGAAGUGGCAAUAUUUUAUUAGUUGAAAUAUUGUGAUUUGUCAGAAGAGGAGAGACAGGAGUCUUCUGCUCUCAAAAUGCUGUACAUUUAUGCAGCAUCUAAAAGUUAAUUUAAUAAGUUAUGGCCUCACAGGUGUGUCUUGUCACAGUUUGACUCUUUUGUGGAGACCAGGCUUCUUGGUUGGAGAACCAGCACAGCUGUUGGUGCCUCAUCUCUGGAGCAGCCCUGGGAGCUCUGGCCUGGUACAGAGGAGGUGGCCUCAGGUCUUGGCACAUGCACUGGGUGUAACAAACAGUGAGGACAGAAGAGGGUUGAGUGAACAAAAGGAUGGGCAAACCCAUGCUGUCAUUGAUGCAAGAGCUGUGGGGAGAGCCCACAGCUGGCCUGCUGCCACAGCGAAGUCUCAUCCCCUAAAACUCCUGUUAGUGUAAAGCAAGAUUUUUCUUCACCCAGUAACCAUUUUAGAGGACUAUAUAAACCCAGAACUGGCUCACCCAGUGCUUUCCACUGGAGCUUCAGCUUUGCCUUGCCAUGCUGGAAAGGUCCCAAGCCUGAGGGGAGAGUGUGGCAGAGUAUGCUGCUCGUGGUGCCCAGUUCCAUGGGACUUGCUGGGAAGGAGUAGAGGAUGUAUGCAGAACACAGGCAAAGCUGACAUGGUGCUAGAUUUUUUUGCUCUUUGCUGAUGGAGUAGAUGCCAGUUCAGAAUAGGCAUUCAUUUCUUACGGGCCUGUGGUGCUUGACAAGUCCAUCAAGUUCCGCUAUUGCGGCAAACUGAACGUACAAGUUCUGGCACGUGAGAUGGAAAUUGUGUCAAAUCAUCUCUGCUUGCAUCAGUCUGGGUUCUGAUG